AUUAUAGAAUUGAUCCGUUGAUUUCGACAACAUGGCGAUUUCAGAUGGACAAAUUUUUUGUACACUAAACGUUAGGUAUCGCGAACUAUAAUCGUUUUUGUUCAGAUUUGUCUAUUAUCUUCGCAUUCAUCACAUCUUAUUAAACUUAUUUUCUGUAUGUGAGUGGAUUUUAAUUUAAUAUAGUGAAAGCCGCCAUUUCAUAAAACAAAUAUUUGGAUUACAGAACAAUACAAAAUAUAUCGAUAUAUCAAUGAGUGGAUAAAGUCGAAAAGCUAUUAAUUGCAAAAAUGCCCCGGCGUUGCUUGGAUACCGAGGAAUUGAUGAUAGCUAAGAGGAAGAAAGUUAUAGAACAAUGCUCUAGUCUUGAUGUGAGUUAUUGUGAUGAUGAAGCACUCAACCCAGGCAUUGUAUUCACUGAUGUAACCCAAAGGCAAUGGCGCCUUGGAAAACCAAUUGGACGAGGAAGUUUUGGUAGAAUCUACUUGACGUCUGAUGAAAUUGAUAAAGAAGUCACAAAAUUAAAUGCUAGAUAUGUAGUGAAAAUAGAGCCACAUACAAACGGGCCGCUAUUUGUUGAAGUUCACUGCUUAAUACGAUCUGGGCAGACAUCUAAAGUGAGAGCAUGGCGACAACAACACAAACAAAAACGGCUAGGCAUGCCCCAUUAUAUAGCAAGUGGUUCAUUCACUGAUGAAAAUACAGGCAUAAGAUACAGAUUUCUCGUACUGCCUCGCUAUGACAUUGAUCUUCAUAAAGUUAUAACAAGAACUAAAGUUCUGGACUUAAAAAAUGUGCUCAUCUUGGCAAUGCAAAUAUUUGAUGUACUUGAGUACUUACACAAUCAAGGAUACACACAUUCGGAUAUAAAAAGCUCAAAUCUCAUGUUGGGAUUUGAUGGCAACAAAUUUAAUAAACUACAAGUUCCUAAACCCGCUCCAUCAUUCCAAAAAGAUACUAAACAAGCUGUUGUUUUGUCCAGAAAGCCGAAAAGGGCUAAAAGCAGUAAGGGGCGUACAUCAAACUAUUAUGACGAUGAAGACUUUACAGUCAGAGAGAACAGAACAUCACUAGAUGAUUCCAUUCAUGAUAAAAGACUGACCAGUGUUCGGCAGAAACUGUCGAAAAUAUUAUCUGACAAGGAUAAUAGAACACUGCAUAGACAUCACGCAUUCAAUCUACGGCAGAUCACAAGUUACGUUAACUAUGAAGACUUAAAUAGUUCCAUAUGCUCAGAUAGGUCAUAUCAAGUAUUACUAGAUGAUGUCAGCAAGAUUCACGAUGAUGGUACUAAUGCCUUGGAAGAGAUUUACCGAGAAGCAAUCUUAUCACAAUCAAAUGGACAGAUUUACUUAUUAGAUUAUGGUCUAGCCUCAAAAUUCCUGGAUUCUAAUGGUAAUCACAAAGAGUUUGGCAUGGACGCUAGGAAAGCACAUGAUGGUACGCUAGAAUAUAGCUCUAGAGAUUCACAUAUUGGAGCACAUUCUAGGAGAUCUGACUUAGAAACUCUAGGAUAUAACUUAUUAGACUGGCUAACUGGUACAUUACCAUGGAAAACAGCGGAAGUACUUGCUGAACCAGAUUUAGUUCACGCACUGAAGAAAAACUUCAUGAGCGACAUUAAAUUGCUCUUGAAAACAUGUUUCAAAACUGAAUUCUAUCCACAGUUCUUGGAGAAAUACUUGCAAUAUGUGACAAGGUUAGAUUUUACUGAAAAACCAGACUAUGACUAUUGCAAAAGUCUGUUUAGAAGUGAAUUAUUGAAAAAUGGAUAUAUUUUCGAUAAAGAGCUACUUCUCAAUUUCAAUGAGGCGCCAAAAUCGCCGAUUAACAGGAAUUGCUAUUCCAAGAGACUAGGUACUAAGAACACGCCACCUGAUUUUCUUGCAAGGAACGGAAUAAAGAAAGCCUACGAAAGGGAAAAUGUAUUUUCUCUUGAGAAUGAUCUAAAAUUGGAACUCCUAAAGCAAACUUUAAACACAUCCAGUGAUGGGCAAAGAAAGCCGUGUUCGUCACGUAAUUUCUUUAUAUCCGAUGCGGAUUUGGUCGCGCGUUUGAAGAAGACUUUGAUGCCACAUGACAUAUGUGGUAAAAAGCUAUCGCCGAAAAUGUUGCGAUCUAACAAGAGAAAUAUAAAACGUAAGGGUAUGAGGCGGCACAGGAAUAGUAUUGGGAAGUUUGGCAAUUUCUUGGGUUCAGCUAGGCAGUUUACAUGGGCGGAAAUAUUAGCUGGAAAUCCAGAAGAUAUUAUUCGUAAAGAGCGCAAUCCGCCACCGGUAGAUACAUUUGUAGAUGACGAUUCUACUUGUAAGUAUAGAAUAAGGAAGCUAUCCAAUGCAUCUGAUAAUUCCGACUCAAAUCUUCAAUCGCCUCUAUUACAGAAAGACUAUUUACUAGCCUUGAAUCCUACAUAUGCUAUGAAAGAUGUGGUAGCCAAUUUCAAAAAGAAAGUGUCGAAAAAAUCUCAAAAGACUACUGAAGACUGUAAUCAAGGAUUUGAAGGAUAUACUCCAGCAAUGAUUAGAGUUAUUAAACUAAGGCAAAAACGUGACAGUAAAGAUAAAUUAGAAGCCGUAAAGUCAGAAACUGAGCAAAUAAUCAGUAAAAGAUGUACUAGGUCCAUGGCGAGCAAAUCUAAACAACCUAUAAAAGAAAAGACUGUAAAAAAUGUGAAAAUGAAUGAAGUAGUUUCUCAAAAAGAAUGUGAGUCUCCUAAAGAAGAUAAAAAUGAUUCAACACCACCUCAAACAAGAAAAUCAAGUAGAGUUAGGAAUAAACAAGAAGCUAAAGAUAUUGAAAGUCCUCAGUCACAAAAAUCAUCACCGAAAAAAAUACCAGUACGCAAGAGAACAACAGUUACCGUCAACAGACUAAGGCUGAGAAGCAGUAAACGCAAAAAAUAAAGUUCAAAUUUAAAUGUCUACAAUCUA